CAAUUGCAGCAGCAGCAGCACUUUCUCUCUCUAACAAACACAUCCACAGUGACCACCGGCGAUGCAAGGAGUAAGAAGCUUAUUAGAAGGGGGAUUACGAGUGGAAGUAGCCGCAGCGGAGGGGUCCGGGGCGGCUCCGGCGACACUGACGAUAGACGGAGCGGAAACGCCGGAGAGGAAAAUAGAGAGGUUGAUAAUGGAAAAUCCGGUGGUUAUAUUCGGAAGGACAUCCUGCUGUAUGUGCCACGUCAUGAAGAAUUUACUCUCCACUCUUGGUGUUCACCCUCCCGUCAUCGAAUUAGAAGAUUCCGAGUUGGGAGCGCUCGCUGCUCACGAUAGCAAGGGCGAGGGCGAUGAAGGAGAAUCAGGGCGGGUUGCGCCUCCUUCUACAUCACCAGCAGCGGCGGUGUUCAUAGGAGGGAAGAGGUUGGGAGGAUUAGAGAGUUUGAUGGCGCUUCAUCUCAGUGGACAACUGGUGCCUUUGCUCAGGGAUGUUGGUGCUCUCUGGAUGUGAUUUAUAUAGUGUUUGUGUGUAUCUACUAAAUGCCCACCUCAAAUCCCUCAUCUAGCUGUAGUUAAAUUUCAAAUACUACUUCUCUAGUUCAAAUAUAAUAUGUAUCUGUGGCUUCCCUUUUUUUCUUCUUUCAUUUUAUGCACAUAUGUAAAUAGAAGAUCGAUGACGAUCCUUUAUUGUUUCUGCAAA